UUUCAGAAAAUGUCGACGUAUUACAGAGGUCACUUGAAACACUCAAGGCGGAAAAAGAAAAAGAAGAGGAGAAGAAAAAGAAAAAUUACCAAGACAGGGUAAAAAGAGAAGUAGCAUCGCUGAGGGAUCUAUUUGUGGACUUUGAAAAGUUUUGCCAGAAAAAGGAAAAAAUGAUUACUGAUUCAUUUGCAAAAUUAGAAAAAGGAACGAAAAGACACAAGGACGAAGACAACAUGUAUCAUACCUUACAAGAAGAGGUUAGAGAGUAUGAAUUACGCUGUGUCUUUGAACGUGGGAGGGUUUCUGUGCUAGAAGACAAAGUUACUGUUAUUAUUGAUCAAAACACUGUCGGGUUUGAAGUAGCCCCAGGGUCAAUAAGUGAGAUGAAGCAGGAGUUAACAAGGCUGAGAAAACUGACUGAAAACAACACGAGAACGUACACAAACUAUUCCAAGAUGCUUAAAGACCACGACAGCAAAAGGCUUAUCAGUUUUGCAGAUGAAGAAGAAAGAUUACAGAAGGAAUUUGGAAGGCUCCAGGCGGAAAUGAUUGAUAACGAAAGGAAAUUAGCUGCAGAAGUAGACAGAUUGCGGAAGGAGCAUGAAACACUAAAGGCGGAAUUGACCAAUAUAGAAAUAAAACUGACAUCCGAAACUAAAACACUUCUGAUUGAUAGGCGAAUGCUGGAAGCGGAAAAAGACAAAUUAGACAAACAUUUGGCGGAUAAAGAAAGCGAGUUGUCCAAGCAAAAUAAUGAACUGCAACUUUUAAAAAAGAAUUAUAAUACGAGUGAAGACAAGUGUAAAGAACACGAACAAACUAUAGCCAGGAAUAAUGACAAAUUGGAAGGAAUGACCAGAGUGGCCGAGAAGGACAUACAAAAUCAAUGCGAGAUAGCCAAACUGAAGGCUGAAAUGCAGCGAUUGAGCAAAAUUUCUGGCAUAAGCCUUACCUAUAACAGAGCAAACAUUGCUGGCUUGGGAGAUCUAAACCGUCCAUCAAAACUUGCAGAAGUGUUCAGUGAGAUAUAUGAUAACGAUUGGACCGACGCAUAUGAGACAGUGAAGGAUGACGAAGAAAAGAAUAAAAUUCAAUUCAUGCUUAAGAUUUUAAAGGAUGUUGAUAUAAUUUGUGAAAACGUAGCAAAACGACAUGCCGAUGCAAUAACAGAUGGUCUUACAAAAAUGGUUGUCAGGUUUAAAGUGAGAAAAGCUCGAACUUACCCAACACUUAAAUUUGACGAACGUGCGUUGAAACUUGUUGAUACACACAUUGAAAACCCUGCAUGCACGAAAGAUGUUCUAGCAACUGGUAAGUUUGGAGACCCUUCAGAUGUCAAUAAACCGAUAAAGCAUUGUAAUAAUGAUCCAUCCACACCGAAUAAAAAAACUGGUGAACAGGGCGAUGCCCAAGCUUCGCACGAAAAUCUUGCUAAAGAAAAUAAAAGUACCAACCAAAGUCAAAGCGAGAAUGGGAACAAGGACAACCAGUUAAAGCCUGGCAAAAUGGAGACAACUGAUUCAAAAACAACUGAUGAAAGAGCUAAUCAAAAAACAGCUCCCACAAUCAAUGCAAAUAUUAACCAUACCCAAGGCGAGAAUGGGUUUCAUGAGAAACGGUUAGAGCCUGGCGAUAAUGAUUCAUCAACAUCAAAUAAAACCGAUGGUAAACAGACCGACGAAACCGAUACUUACCAAAACCUUCCUUCAAAAAUUGAAAGUACCAGCAAUAGUAAAGUAAUUCAAGACAAUGGACGGAAUGAACAGGAACACACCGAAAAAGAGGUAACUUGUAGUUUUAUGAGUUUCAUAUAG